GGAAUAAUUUGCAAAAUUGUAACGUUGCUUGGUUUCCGUGAAAAUUGGUGUGCCUAGGAUUGAAGAGAGAAAAAGUUUAAUCAAAACGUUUGAUAUAUCCGAGUAGAAAAGGAAAAAGGUGUAUUUUGAAGAGUGAUUACGUAUCGUUGACACAGUUGCACGGUGGAUGCAAGAAAAGUGUGUCGUUAUGCUCCCUCCUGUGUACCCCACUGAUAAUCUCAGUGUCGUUGAUUAAUCGAGCGAACGGCUAAGUUUCUUGAUACGCAGUGACAUCAAUAAGCGAUGACCAGUGAUCACGCGAGUGCACGUCGUUGUUCCGCCUCGCAGUUUCGUAACGAGUAUCUCGCGAGCGACAGAGGAAACCGCCAAAGGAUCUACAUGGAUCGACUCGGUGUACCGGUGCACCGCGGAAGAGCGAACAAUGGAUAUGAGAAGAGCAGAGGCUAAGUAGCAGGCUGCAGGUACAGGAACGGAGAGGGCGAAGCAACAGGAAAGAAAGAGCGGAUCGAGCGAGAAGGAACCGAAGAAGAAGAAGAAGAAGAAGAAGAAAUCGAACGAAAAAUCUUUCCUUUCGAACGUGAAAUCUAACGACAGAAGAAAGAAAGAAGGGAAAAAAGAACGGAAGGGGGGCAAGUAACAAGUAUCUUCAGGAAGAAGAAUAAAAGACGAAAAAUUUGGAGAAAUUUAAAGAAGGGAAGAGAAGAGCGGAUAGAAAGAGAAAGAGAGGAAAAAUGAAGGAGAUCGGAUUAUGGACGAUGAUUUGGACAGUGAGUGUAAUAACGGGUAUGGGCGUUGCACAAACAUCGCAACUAUGCCCAUCUCACACCGAAAUCUCGCCCUGUUCCUGCACCCUGAAGAAAUCCGGAUUGGACAUCAUAUGCGAGUACACGGAUCUAUCGCACAUCUCCAAUGUGAUGAGCUCUCUCAAAGGAAGGACCAACACUGUCAUCUUCUAUCUCAGGCUCAGGCACAACAAUCUGCCCAAGUUGCAGCCCUACGUCUUCCUCGGCCUCGACAUCCGCCAUUUGACCAUCCACAACAGCAGCCUGGCGAAGCUCGAGGAAUCGUCCUUGAGUUCCGUCGGAAGUGGGCUGACGCAAUUGGACCUCUCGCAAAACGCUUUGGCCUCGACCCCGUCUAGCGCGUUGAAGGAGCUUCACCAUCUACUUAUCUUGAAUUUGAACCGCAACAAGAUCAAGGCCAUCCAUAAAAAUGCUUUCGAUGGAUUGGACACACUCGAGAUUCUUUCCCUCUACGAGAACGAGAUCUCCAUCAUAGAAGAGGACGCCUUCACAGGAUUGCACGAUCGAAAGCUGAGGAGAUUGAAUCUGGGAGGAAACGAGUUGACCAAAGUGCCGACGCAAGCGCUCCGCACUCUGAAUAUGUUGAAAAAGUUGGAGAUGCAAGAGAAUAGGAUCGCUUCCAUUCAGGAAGGUGAUUUCGAAGGCCUGGAAAGCCUGGACUCGUUAGGAUUGGCGCACAAUCGGCUCCGCGAGGUACCCACCCGUGUCUUCUCCCACAUGACGCAAUUAAACUCUUUGGAACUGGACGGGAAUCAAAUUACCCACGUGGAUCCGAAUGCGUUCAUCGGUCUCGAGGAGAACCUGCAAUAUUUACGACUGGGCGAUAAUAAUUUACACUCGGUGCCGAGCGAUGCGUUACGUCGCCUGCAUCGAUUACGUCACCUCGAUUUAAAGGCCAAUAACAUUACCGCGCUCUCGGAGGACGCUUUCACCGGAUACGGGGACUCCAUUACGUUUCUCAACCUCCAGAAAAACUUAGGAGACGUUUCUUUCUUUCUGUUUCCCAGGAUCAAAAUAUUGCCACCGGUGGUCUUUGAAAAUUUGAACUCGUUGGAAACGUUGAAUCUGCAAAACAACAAGCUCGUGCACAUACCGGAGGAGGUGACUGAAAAUAUCGUGGAUACAUUGCGACACAUCGAUAUCACGGACAAUCCUCUGGUUUGCGACUGUGAGCUACGAUGGUAUUCCAUUUGGUUGGGAAAUCUACGCGACAAGGAUGACGAGAGGAUGUCGAGGAAGCACACGGUGUGCACCAUGCUCAGCGAGAACCGAGAGUAUUCUGUUCAGAAUAUACCGUUGGAGAGAAUGGGUUGCGUCGGGAAGAACGCUGGAAGAACCUCGUCGAUGGGCACCUGUCACGUUUACACCGAUACGAUGUUACGAUUACUGAUCGUCGCCGUUGCUAUGCUCUAACUGCGAUGUCCGAUCGUGUGAUGCGCUCGGACACCUCAGUUUUCCUCAAACGCGAACCUGUGUCCCCCUGAUUCGCGCGAAAAAUUCCCUACCGACGCCGUUUUCCCUUCGUUUUUCGAAACCGCGUUCCUCGAAUUUAUUAUCUUUGUUUUUAUCGUCGAACAAUCGUGUCACGGUCGCGGAGACGUGACACGAUUGAACGAUCGAUAUCUAUUUUUCAUUUCGCGAUUUUAAGCUUUGAUAAUGUUGAUAGAAGUAUCGAGAAAACUGAUCGAUCGUAAAACAUCGAUUAAGUUAAAUUAAAUUGUGAGAAAAAUUAAGUAUCUUGCAAAAAUCAACGUAAAUCGAUCUUUUUUUCGUUGGAAGAAUGAAAUGAUUCGUCAGAUCAUUUUUGAAAAAUAUUUAUGAUCCAUCAUGAAAUUUUUGUUUGAAACGAAAAAAUAACCAUGUGAUUCAUAACGAACAACAAUCGAUGAGUAUUUUGACAUAUUGAUCACGAUAUCGUUCGAUCGAAAAUUGAAGGAUAAUACGAUUGAAUUAUGGCGGCCAUAAUUAUCUCGAUCGUCUGAUCGAUUAAAUUUCGAUCGUAGCGUUCGAUUCUAAUGUAAAUCGAAAACCACGCUCGAACGGUGUAAUAAAAGGGAGAAAGGAAAAAACUCGAACGAUAACAGGGUGAAAAAAGGCCCUACCAUGUCGUAGUAAAUGUACAAGCCUUUUUCAUCGAACGUUACAUAUCAAGAUCGUUGCCAAGUAUUUUAUGGAUGUCUGUUAAAGCUCGUGCGAGAACGCGAGAUGCGUAGUAUAAUUCGAUAGAAAAUUCGAAUGUCUGUAGUUUAGCCAUUUUAUGAUCCACGGACAUUCAUCUUAUACAUAUCAACCCGUUCCUGGAAUCAUUGAGACGAAGUCAUCGACAUUUCUUAAUGUUGCACUUCGUACGUCACAGUCUCGUCUAGUAAUAAUAUAAAAAAUAGAUCGUCACAUUUCAAUUUUCAUUGUUGCUGAAAGUUACGGAGAUAUUCAAUUAACUAAUUUGGCCAGUAUACUAUAUUUUGUAAAUUAAUUUAUCUUAUUUAUUAAUCGUUAUUAUUUCCCUUUUUUUUUUGUAUCUUGAUAUAUUUAUUCCAUUUAUUGAUAUUUAUUUUCAGAAAUAUUACUACGAUCAAGAAACAUUCGAUCAAAAUGAUCAAAAUGGUCAGGAUAUCGUAUAGAUCGAUUCAAACGAAUUCUUCAACUCGCAGUCUUUGGCGGUGAUAUCUUGAGAUCAUUCAAAUGUUUAACUUCGUUCACAAAGGAGCGGCCAGUCGAAAUGAAAUAACGACUGCUGAUAGAACGUAAUAUACUCAACAGGAAACCGACACUUGUCAAUUCCGGUAGAGCACGAUUCAUUGAAAUGGCUCGUCGCUUCUGUUUUGUGAUCCUCCACUGCUACUCUAAACGUCGACACUUAUACACGCGUCAUAAAAUUACAACCGCCUUUCAGCAACGCCGCAAGAUGAAACGAUAAAAUGAUAGUGUACGUCGCAGUUACGCUUUUGCCGCACGAUCUUUAAUUUCAACUAGAUGUUUUUAAGUUCCCCUUCUCCAAGCAACACGCGGAUUGUGACGUGCGAACACGUAAUGCUUCUAUCUUCGAGUUGCGAAACGUGUUCGAAGUUAAUUCGAAACUUGGCGUGUCAAAGAUAACUGUAAUAUUUUUCGACGGACAAGAGAAAUUCGAUUGUUAUUACGAAACGAAGAAAGUAUAAAGACAAAUCCUGCAUUGUAAUAUUAUAUUGUCAGAUAUAGAAGUAUAUGUAUAAUUUUAGGACUCGGUUACAAGUAUGUUGAUGAAAACUUAGUAAAACACCAUCGAACACCUUUCGUACACUAUAUCGCGUGAGAUAUUGAAAAUACGUUCACAAAACGUAGUAUCGUAAAAGCGUUACACACAAGGAAAGUAAAUUGUGUUUUACUAUUCGAUAAUUAAUAUAGAAUAAUAAAAGAGUAAUAAUGUUAAGGCAUUAAUAUUACGAGUAAUACUUGCAUACCGAAAUUAGGUUAAUAAUAAUGUUACGUCGUGACGCGAACCAUUAUUUUAAUAAAAAUCGAAGGAGAUCUUGAAAACAUUUGUUUUAAAAUUUAUUUUUAAACAUAUAGCUCUACUGAAUAAUUUUAAUCAUUUU